CUGUCUCUUUUCGCUCCGCUACAACAACAAACGUGCGCGGGGCGGAGGGCAGGGCGCUCGCCCGGGACGCGCAGGGAGGCUGAGGCGCCAGAGGCCGCGUCGGGCCGAUCCGCGGGGGCUGCGAGGGCGGGCUGCAACCGGGUCAAUGUGUGGAAUAUUGGGGGUCUCGGCCGCAAAUUUCGCCAAAUGGACGGGACUAUUAAGGAGGCUCUGUCGGUGGUGAGUGACGACCAGUCCCUCUUCGACUCCACUUACGGAGCAGCAACCCACCUCCCUAAGGCCGACAUGACCGCCUCAGGGAACCCCGACUAUGGUCAGCCUCACAAAAUCAACCCCCUUCCGCCGCAGCAAGAGUGGAUUAACCAGCCAGUACGGGUCAACGUCAAGAGGGAGUACGACCACAUGAAUGGCUCCAGGGAAUCUCCGGUGGACUGCAGUGUUAGCAAAUGCAGCAAGCUUGUUGCUGGAGGCGAAUCCAACCCAAUGAACUACAACACCUACAUGGAUGAGAAGAAUGGCCCCCCUCCUCCCAACAUGACCACCAACGAGCGGAGAGUCAUUGUUCCCGCAGACCCCACACUGUGGACACAGGAGCAUGUGCGGCAGUGGCUGGAGUGGGCGAUAAAGGAAUAUGGCCUGAUGGAGAUCGACACGGCCUUCUUCCAGAACAUGGACGGCAAGGAGCUAUGCAAAAUGAACAAAGAGGACUUCCUCCGCACCACCUCUCUCUACAACACAGAUGUGCUGUUGUCACACCUCAGCUACCUCAGGGAAAGUUCACUGCUGGCCUAUAAUACAACCUCUCACACAGACCAAUCCUCACGGUUGAAUGUUAAAGAAGAUCCUUCUUAUGACUCAACCAGGAGAGGAGGAUGGGGCAAUAACAUGAAUUCUGGUCUCAACAAGAGUCCUCCCCUUGGAGGGGCACAAUCGAUGAGUAAGAAUACUGAACAGCGGCCUCAACCAGAUCCAUACCAGAUCCUGGGCCCUACAAGCAGUCGCCUAGCUAACCCCGGAAGUGGACAGAUCCAGCUGUGGCAAUUCCUCCUUGAGCUGCUCUCUGAUAGUGCCAACGCCAGCUGUAUUACCUGGGAGGGCACCAAUGGGGAGUUCAAAAUGACAGACCCCGACGAGGUGGCCAGGCGCUGGGGGGAGCGGAAGAGCAAGCCCAACAUGAAUUAUGACAAGCUGAGCCGGGCCCUUCGAUAUUACUAUGACAAAAACAUUAUGACCAAAGUUCACGGCAAAAGGUAUGCCUACAAAUUUGACUUCCACGGCAUCGCCCAGGCCCUGCAGCCACAUCCGACUGAGUCGUCCAUGUACAAGUACCCUUCUGAUAUCCCCUACAUGCCUUCCUACCACACCCACCAACAGAAGGUGAACUUCGUCCCCCCACACCCUUCUUCAAUGCCAGUCACUUCCUCCAGCUUCUUUGGAGCAGCAUCACAAUACUGGACCUCCCCCACUGGUGGAAUCUACCCCAACCCCAAUGUCCCCCGGCACCCUAAUACCCACGUACCCUCACACUUAGGCAGCUACUACUAGAAGCUUAAUCCUCGGCAGCCCUUCAGCCAAAACCCUCUCCCUCGCCCUCUCGGGACACAUUGGACUCUAAAGGACAUACGUGGCCUUGAUCAGAAAACAAAACUGGAUGUUCUUUCUUGUUGGAAAACCUUUGUAUUUGUUCUUUGAAAACAGUUUUUUUUUAAUGUUGGUAUUUUU